UGCCGUGGUUCGAAACCGACCUCCGCCGUUCCACUUCCCCCAUCCGGGAUUGGGCAACCUGGCAGCAUCCAAGGUUGCAUCGUGCAUCCUUUGCGUGGUAUAGCCGCUAGGCACCGAAGGGGUGUUACAGCGGAAACAUUUUCACUUUAUUUUCUAUUUUAUCUCCUUUCAUUGACGGCAUCAUGUGGUGAGACGGCUCAAUGGUUAGAACGCGAGUUUGCUGACCGGAAAGUCCGUGGUUCGAACCCGACCCCUGCAUCUCGAAUUCCCCCGUCUGUGUUUGGGCAACCUGGCAGUAUCAAGGUCUCGUGCCUCAUUACGGGUGGCAUUGCAGCUAGGCAUCGAAAGUGUGUCACAGCUGAACGGUUUUUUCGGCCUUCGUGA